GCCAGGCCAGCUGUUAAUUGAUCGUGGUUAGAAACAUGGUGACUUGGAAAGAGCUGGGCAUUCCUUAUCCCGGGACAGGUGCUGCUGGGAGAACGGACUCCCCGUGAUGUCAAUGAGCGCUUCAGGCUUAGGCGAUGCCUUCCGUCGAUCUCUUUGCUCGCUAACAAAUGAACUCUGCCUGGUAGACGCUGAACUUUCAUAUCUUUUAGGCAGUAUAGAUAUGAUGAAGUGUGGUUUGUGCAGCGGUAGUUGCACUGAAGCAUAAUGGUAUCUUUUGUGGGGGAGCGGAUUCAGUUUAUCUGUGGAUGGAAUAUUGGUUUCAAGAUAAUGUGUGCCAAACUCAGACGUGAUGUACAUGGGGGUACAGCCAAGCUCUAAGAUACAACUGUAUUUGCUCCAAUCCCUCAGACAGAGACAAACACAAGAUCUCUAUCAAGCGUUCUUAAAAUUACAAUAUCCGCUUGGUGAAGUGAAGAAACAGAUUGAUAGAGCCAGAAAAGUACCCAGAAGUCACCGGACUCUGAAAUAAGUACAGUGACUGGCUCUUCACAGACUGAUGGCUGAUCGAGUGCUUGUGAUUGGCAGUGAAGGCAGAGAGCACGCUCUGGCCUGGAAAUUGGCACAAUCUCCACAUGUAAAACAAGUGCUAGUUGCUCCAGGAAAUGCAGGAACAGCCAAUAAUGGAAAGAUUUCAAAUUCAGCUGUGUUAGUCAGCAAUCAUACUAUCCUUGCCCAGUUCUGCAAAGAUCAUAACAUUGGACUUGUGGUAGUUGGACCAGAGGCACUCUUGGGAGCUGGAAUUGUGGAUGACUUGAUGUCAGCUGGAGUUAGAUGUUUUGGUCCCUCAGCCAAGGCAGCUCAAUUAGAGACCAAUACAAGCUUUGCCAAAGCCUUUCUGGAUUGUCAUAGGAUCCCAACAGCAAGAUGGAAAGCAUUUGAUAAUCCUCAAGAAGCUUGUAGCUUUAUUACCAGCACAGACUUUCCUGCACUGGUUAUAAAGGCUAGUGGCCAAGCCGCUAGAAAAGAAAUAAUUAUUGCAGCCAGCAAAGAGGAAGCCUGCAGAGCUGUGCAAGAGAUUUUGCAGGAUAAAGUGUUCGGAGAGACUGGAGAGACCGUUGUCAUUGAAGAACUUCUUGAAGGGGAAGAGCUAUCUUGCUUGUGCUUCACUGAUGGUGUCACUGUUGCUCCCAUGCCACUAGUCCAGGCCCACAAACAGUUAAUGGAUGGAGACCAGGGCCCAAACACUGCAGGGAUGGGAGCUUAUUGCCCAGUACCACAGAUUCCUGAAGCUCUUCUAGAGAAAAUUAAAGACUCUAUCCUGCAACCCGUUGUUGAUGGUAUGAGACAAGAGGGAACAACAUAUGUAGGUGUGCUGCAAACAGGAUUAAUGCGUACUAAAGAUGACGUGAAAAUUAUAAACUUUAACUGCCACUUUGGUGACCCACAGUGCCAGGUAAUUCUUCCACUGCUUAAAAAUGACUUUUAUGAAGUGAUUCAAGCAACAAUUGAUGGCAAACUCUGCAGCUGCAUGCCAGCUUGGUCAGAAAACCGUACUGCUGUGUCUGUGGUUAUGGCAAGUGAAGGGUACCCAGGAGAAUAUGUCAAAGGCAUGGAGAUAACAGGACUUCUACAAGCGCGAGAGCUAGGGGUGAAGGUGUUCCAUGCAGGCACAACCAUGCAGGAUGAUAAAGUGGUGACUGACGGUGGCAGAGUCCUUACAGUCACGGCUAUCAAGGAGGAUCUGAUGUCAGCACUGGAAGAAGCCAACAAAGGAGUAGAAGCCAUACGGUUCCAGGGUGCCAUUUACAGAAAGGACAUUGGUUAUCAGGCUAUAGCUUUUCUGCAGCAGUCUGUAGGCCUGAUAAAUGGUGACGUAAGUGUAGAUGCUAUAACCAGCAGUGCUUUGAUUAAUCAAUCUGAACCACCAACUGCAACUGGUAGUAGAUCAGAGUUACCUAAAAGUUGUCCUGGGCAUUUUUUGUACUUGGCAGGCAGCCAUGCAGAGCUGGGAGGCUCUGCUGAUCUCUUUGACUUGAAAGCAUCUGGUUAUGAUGAUCCUAUCUUGGUAUCUCGAACUAAAGGCAUUGGAACUAAACUGCAGGUUGCACAGAUGUGUAAGAAACAUGACACCAUUGGCCAGGACUUGGUUGCCAUGUGUGUCAAUGACAUCCUGGCUCAGGGAGCAGAGCCCCUCUUCUUCCUCGACUAUUUUGCCUGUGGGAAACUUGACUCUGAAGUGGCUCAGGCAGUCAGAGCGGGCAUAACUGAAGCUUGUACAAAGGCAGGAUGCGCUCUCUUGGGAAGAGAUACUGCUGAAAUGCCAGGCAUGUAUUCGCCUGGAGAGUACAACCUUGCUGGCUUUGCAGUUGGGGCAGUGGAACGAGGCCAAAUGUUCCUGCAGCCGGAGAGAGUUGCUGAGGGGGAUGUCGUCAUUGGACUAGCUUCUUCUGGGAUUCACAGCCAUGGCUUUAACCUUGUAAGGAAGAUUCUCUUAAUGUCUUCCCUACACUACUCGUCUCCAGUACCUGGUGGACGUGGCGACCAGCCAUUAGGAGAACUAUUGCUAACUCCAACCAAAAUCUACAGCAAGGCUCUCUUGCCUGUCCUUCGUUCAGGGCAUGUGAAGGCCUUUGCCCCUAUCACUGGCGGGGGGUUACUGGAAAGCAUUCCCAGAAUCCUAUCUGAAGCAUUUAGUGUAAUUUUGGAUGCUUAUAGUUGGCAGAUACCUGAAAUCUUCUCCUGGCUCCAAACAGAGGGAAACCUCUCAGAAGAGGAGAUGGCCCGAACGUUUAAUUGCGGGAUCGGUGCUGUCUUGAUGGCAGACAAGGAGCUGGCUCAGCAAGUUCUGAAGGAUGUACAGAGGCAUGAGGAAGCCUGGCUGAUUGGAAAUAUAGUCCCAAGCCACACAGGAUCUUCUCAUGUCAAAGUCAAGAAUCUCCUUAAAGCCUUGCAGUUAAAUAGAUCCCAGUGUCUGCAGAAUGCUGCUGCUAUGGACAGUCACCUGCAUGUUGAGCCCCCAAAAAGCAAAGUGAAAGUAGCUGUUCUCAUCUCUGGAACGGGUACAAACCUUGCGGCACUUAUUGCAUAUGCAAAAGAACCAGCAAGCUGUGUACAGAUAGCUCUUGUCAUCUCUAACAAGUCUGGAGACGUGGAAGAAUUGAGAAAUGCAGCCCGGGCUGGGAUUCCCACCAGGGUAAUUGACCAUAAAUUGUAUGGAAGCCGCUCUGAAUUUGACCACACAAUUGACCGAGUCCUUGAAGAAUUCUCUGUUGAACUGAUCUGUCUCGCAGGAUUUAUGAGAAUUUUGUCCAGUGCUUUUAUCAGAAAGUGGUAUGGUAAAAUUUUGAACAUAUGUCCAUCACUAUUACCUUCAGUCAAAGGGGGAAAUGCCUAUAAGCAGGUGCUACAAGCAGGAGUCAAAGUCACUGGCUGUACAGUACAUUUUGUACUUGAGGAAGCUAAUACAGGAGCAAUAAUUCUCCAGGAGCCUGUCUCUGUGAACACAGAUGAUACCGAGGAGACCUUGUUGGAAAGGGUGAAGGAAGCAGAGUGCCGAGCCUUUCCCAUUGCCUUGCAGCUGGUGGCCAGUGGAGUGGUGCGACUAGGAGCAGAUGGUAAAACCUGCUGGAAACAAGGAACCCAAAGCUUGACUCAUCAUGAAAAGCAAGAUUGCAUUUCCUCCACUACUACUCUGAAGCCACAACAGUACAAUAGGCUACAGUCAAAUGCAUGAAUGUUUUACUCAUUGCUCACUGGUUUUUCUCUGUCUGUUGUUUCUUCUGUCCUGAUUUCAGGCAGACCAGUUUCAUAUCUUUCAUUCACAACCGGAGAUAUAUCUUCCCCAAUCUAAAGUUACAAUUCCUUUGCUAAAUCAGUGUUGGAACCUAAAUUACCACGUUGGGUUCGUGCAUGUUCAGCUGUUUGUUAAAGGAAUAUAUAUAUGUAUUCAUAAAGCAAAGAACCAGAGAAUUUAAGGUGUGAAAAUAACAAUGGUUUAUAAGGGAAAUCUAGUUUUGUCAGUAUCUCCUUUUGAUUGUUAAUCUGAUUCCAGAAAACCAUGAACUUCACAAAUCAACCCUAUAUGAAUUGAAGCAAGGACAGUGGGGCAAGCUAUCACUAGGCAUUCUACCACCAAGGGCAGAUCCAGUCAGAUCAAAAUUAGGUCCCUACUUGACAGGUGAGGGAGAUGGAAAAAAAUUAGGCAGCUUCUUAGAGGAAAAGUGCUAAUUUUGUAGAAAGAGGUUGGUGUCUCAGUGAGUAGUCUCCCCUUUCCAUCGCCAUGGUUGGAGGCUCCUGGGUGUGUCUCUGUCUUCUCCCUGGUGGUCUGUAGCUCUAUGUGAUGGGGAGUGAGCCUGGUUGUUAUGGCAGAGAAGGGGGAAAGAAGUGUUAAUUUGAUCAAUGGUCAACUCCAUCUGCCUGAGAAGUCAGAGACAAAAAUUAGCACAACUAGGUUUAGACAUUAGUCACAUUUCUAGAAUUAGGAUCAAAGCCUCCGCUACUAGCAGUUCCUGGGGCCCUACUCUCAAAUAGGUAAAAAUGCAGACAAAAAGUUGGAAGUGCCCAAUUUUAUGGAAACCAUUGAAUUGUGUUUUCUGCAAAAUUACCUAUGAACUAAAGUCCUCAUUAAAGGUGGAGCCAGCUGACAAGUAGCAGGCCCAAAAGCCAGCUGUAACAAGGGUAACUGACUUUGAGGGAAAAUUUUACAAAAUGGAUUACAUUUUUGUCAAGCAACCUUUAUCUUGUUUAAGUUCUCAGGGAGAAGCUAUUAUCCCUAAUCUUUCCUUCUCAUGUUGUAGAAGCAUGUUUUGAAAGCACAAUGUCAAAGCACAAUCCAAUUUCUUGAGUGGGAAGGGCAGUUUCCAAAUAUUUUAAAACAUUACACAGAAGAUUACCAGUAUAUAUUGAAGAAUCUUUUUGGAUCUUGUUAAGGAUAGUGAGAAGGACCAGAAAUGUGCAUUUUCCAGGUUUCUGAUAGCAAGGAGAAGAAGGAGAAAUCAUCCUCUAAGUGACUGGGUGCACAUACAUUCCACUGUAAGAGCUUGUCUUCACUACAGGGGUAAGUCAAUCUAAGUUAUGCUACAUGAAUAACGUAGCUGGAGUCAACAUAGUUUAGGUCGACUUACCCCGGUGUCUUCACUGCACUGCGUCAAUAGGAGACGCUCUCCUUCUGUCUUACCUUAAUCUUUUCGGGGAGCUGGAAUACCGGGGUUGGCCAGAGAGUGCUCUGCAGUCGAUUUAGCGGGUCUUCACUAGACCCACUAAAUCAACCCCUGCUGCAUCGAUUACAGCAGUGUCGAUCUCCCUGUAGUGAAGACCAGCCCUAAGGGUGUGCAUGCCCAAUAUACUUGAGACAGACUUUUGCCACCCAUUCCAGCAGGCAGUGCACAUGUCCCCCACUAUCCUCUGGCCCUGAGUGGAGGGUAUAAACUUAAGGGCUUUUGACUGAGCACCAUGAGGCCAAGGAAUGAGGUGCUAUUAGCUUUUAUAAAGCUGCCUGUUGGUGAGAGAGAGAUUGAGAGCCUUGCUAGCAGGACUGGUAACUGGGGAACCUGAGAGCUGGCACCCAUAGGUAGUAGGGGACUGCCCAGGCCUGGUUCUGGUGUGCAAGUAUUCUUGCUUAUCCCUAGUGCCCCCUGCACAAGAGCCAGGCUGCUCCUACACCAAAGGGACUGCUUCCUCCUAGCAUCCCCUUGCCAGGGGGUGGGCAUCCCAUGAUGUGGGCCUGAGAGAUGCUGGGCAAACCUAUCUCCCACUAAAGUCUGUUUGGGCGACUUUGACUUUCUUGUAGUAUCUAGUUAGUUACCAGAUAAAUAAGAUUGGCAUUGUGAGACCUAAAAUGGGCUUCAUUCCAGGGCCAGGUUCAGAGACCCUUUUACACACCGACUCCCAUCUUACUCUACAAGUAGCCCCGUUGAUGUCAGUGGGACCAUUCAUGGAGGAAGGUGCUACCAAGUUUUCUCUUUCACCUUUUCAGGUUCAUGGAGGAUUUCUCCACCCCAUUCUUUUCCUGCUUUAUUCCAGCCAGGGUGGGGAAUGGAGUAUGAUCUAAGAGCGACCAGACUCUGAACUGGUCUGAUCUCCCCAGUGGGAGUGGCAAGUGCUCGGUAUCAGGCAGGAGAAGGCCCAUUACAAGCAAAACUGCUUAGGUAAUAAUUGGAGAUAUACCAAUCUCCUAAAACUAGAAGGGACCUUGAAAGGUCAUUGAGUCUAGCCCCCUGCCUUCACUAGCAGGACCAAUUUUUGCCCCAGAUCCCUAAGUGGCCCCCUCAGGGAUUGAGCUCACAACCCUGGGUUUAGCAGGCCACUGCUCAAACCACUGAGCUAUCCCUUCCCCUUCUAACCUUUGGCUUCAUCCUGUUUCCAUAGAAGUCUGUGGCAACUUUCCCACUGACUUCCACAAAACAGGAUUAAGCACUUAAUUCCGUGGCAUCCUGUUUACUGGAGUGGGGGGAUUGUUCUUCACAUUGCAAGGAAAGCAAAUCCCGUUAUAGUCUCUCAGUGGGCAUCACUAAAGCCUGGCUUUGCAGCGUCAGAGAAUAUUUAUACUGCACAGUGACACUGCCCAGCUGGAGUCAUUUAGUCCACCUGGAUGAGCUUGCUCUUAAAACGAACCUUUCUCUAGGAAAGCAGCCCACGAUGAACGGGGAAAACUGACUUUCAGAGAUGCUGAGCUGCUAGUGUUAAUUUAGAACCCAGAUGUUUGCAGUAGUUCAAAUGAUCCUUUCCAGGGUUACUUUACUUUGCACGUGCCAACCCUGUGUUUCAACUGCCAUUGGGCUGCCUUUUCUUUGCCCUUUCUUGGGUUCUUCUGCAGCUCCUCACUCUUGACUAAUUUAAUUUUGUGCCAUCAGCAAAUGUUACCACCUCAGUUCCCACCCGCCCUUUGCCAGAUCAUCAAUAUUUAUUGAACACCAGCCCAGGUACUGGAUCUUGGCCCAUCCCCUACUGUCAGCCUGGUGCCAUGUUGAAAAUUGACCAUUUCUUUCCAUUCCUAUGUUAGUUUUACUGCAACUUAGUCCUUCCUCUUUUCAGCCACUAGGGGCACUACCUGCACCCAGAAUCCUAAACAAUAGCCAAGUGGUAAAUUCAUGAUGUAUACUGGAUUCAUAGAUUCCCAAGGCCAGAAGGGAGCCUGGUGAUCAUCUAGUCUGACUGCCUGUAUAGCACAGGCCAGAGACCUGCCCCACAAUAACUCCUAAUUCCUCGUUUCUAGAAAAACAUCCUGUCUUGAUUUAACAAUUGCCUGUGAUGGAGAAUCCUCUCCGACCCUUGGUAAAUGUCCCAAUGGUUAAUUACGCUGACUGUUAAAAAUGUACCCCUUUUUCCAGUCUGAAUAUUAAUACUAAUACACCUCUACCCCGGUAUAACGCAACCAGAUAUAACAUGAAUUCGGAUAUAACGCGGUAAAGCAGCGGGGAGCCCCGGGCCCUUUAAAGCGCUGCCUGAGCCCUGCUGUUUUACCAGGUUAUAUGUGAAUUCGUGUGGAGCCCCGAGCCCUUUAAAUCCCUGCCCGAGCCCAGCUGUCGGAGUCCCGGGGCUCUGGCAGCCACGCUCGGGU